GUGUUUCGAAUUAAUGUUUCCCUUUCCCUUGGGUUUCUCACGGUUUCCUAGUUCGUCCUCUGCGUCUCAUAACGUCUCCAGUCGUCUCUCCGUGUCUGCAGCACUAAAUUGAUGGGCACAUCCUCUGGAUCCAAUCUUCCCCACCAGAUGCUGCCUCCACGCCAGCAACUACAAACUUCUCUUUCACUUGUGUCUUCGGAUCCCCACUUGUCACGAUCUAAUUCUGGCAUUGUGCGUGAAUCCCCAGCUGAAAGUGCCAGCUCUCAAGAAACUUGGCCGACCUCUAAAUCUAUUAUGGGAAAGAAGGCAGAGAGCGGAAAGUCAGGUCCUGACUCUCAUGACCAACUUGUGGUCCGCCAUGUUUCCAUUGCCGAUAAGGUAUCACUAGGGGACAUAGCUAGAGAGAGAGUGGACACAGUCGCUGAGAGAAUGCACCGGUUACCAGAAGAGUAUCUCGAGGAGUUAAAGAACGGCCUUAAGGCUAUCCUUGAGGGUAAUGGUACGCAGCCUAUAGAUGAGUUUAUGUUUCUGCAGAAGUUUGUCCAGACGAGAUCUGAUUUAACUUCAAAGACACUUGUCAGGGCCCACAGAGUGCAGCUUGAAAUCCUUGUGGUUAUAAACACUGGAAUCCAAGCAUUCUUGCAUCCAAACAUCAAUCUCUCUCAGACAUCUCUCAUCGAGAUCUUUGUUUACAAGAGAUGCAGAAACAUAGCCUGCCAAAACGAACUCCCGGCUGAUGGUUGUCCCUGCGAGAUUUGCACCAACAGGAAAGGCUUCUGCAACCUGUGCAUGUGUGUGAUCUGUAACAAGUUUGACUUUGCGGUUAACACAUGCCGCUGGAUUGGCUGUGACGUGUGCUCUCAUUGGACUCAUACGGAUUGUGCUAUAAGGGAUGGAGAGAUUUUGAUGGGAGUUUCUGCCAAGAGUGUAUCUGGGAUGGGAGAAAUGCUGUUCAAGUGUCGAGCGUGCAACCAUACUUCUGAAUUACUAGGCUGGGUUAAAGAUGUGUUUCAGCACUGUGCACCAAACUGGGAUAGGGAAUCUUUGAUGAAGGAACUUGACUUUGUGAGUAGGAUUUUCCGUGGAAGCGAAGAUACAAGAGGCCGGAAGUUAUUCUGGAAGUGUGAGGAGCUUAUUGACAAGAUUAAAGGUGGACUGGCGGAAGCAACAGCUGCCAAGUUGAUACUGAUGUUUUUCCAAGAAAUUGAAUUGGACUCUCCAAAGAGCCUUGAAAGCGGAGAAGGUGGAGGAACGAUAGCUCCCCAAGAUGCAUGCAACAGAAUUGCUGAAGUUGUAAAGGAAACACUGAGGAAAAUGGAAAUAGUGGGUGAGGAAAAGAUGAGGAUGUACAAGAAAGCGCGAAUGGGGCUAGAGGAAUGCGAGAGAGAGGUGGAAGAGAAAGCAAAGCAAGUGGCAGAACUGAAGAUGGAGAGGCAGAAGAAGAAACAACAGAUAGAAGAGGUGGAGAGGAUAGUGAGGCUGAAGCAAGCUGAGUCAGAGAUGUUUCAGUUAAAAGCUAAUGAGGCGAAAGUAGAAGCAGAGAGAUUGGAGAGGAUUGUAAAAGCGAAAAAGGAGAAAACGGAAGAGGAAUAUGCGAGCAACUACUUGAAACUGAGGCUGAGCGAGGCAGAGGCAGAGAAAGAGUAUCUGUUUGAAAAGAUAAAAGAGCAGGAAAGUGGUGGAAAUGGUGGUGAGGCGUCACAAGCAGUGAUGUACUCAAAGAUCAGAGAAAUGCUUCAUGGAUACAAUGCAUCAUCGCCAAGAGUAGAUCCAAGAUCAAACCAACGAAAUCCAUUCAGGUCCAAUCCUUAGUGAAUGUUUGUAUUGUCCCCUCUUUGUUUGUAUUGAAAAAUCUUCGAAUCAAUUAAGGUUGGAUUUGUGUGUGAGCAUUAUGGUCUA